AUGUACGCAUCUGCCUUGAUGCACUUCGUCGUUGGAAUAUACAGCUGGAUAGGCGAGGGACUUAGCGGGUACCAGCUGCUGACAUCCAGUUCUCCAACAGGGAGAAUAAUAUUGGCAACUCUCACCAUAAAUUCUAUCUUUAGCGAUGCUGUUGCUCUUUGGAGGGCCUGUGUCGUUUGGAUGAAUCGGCCGAUCAUUGUGAUUGUGUCCGCGGUGCUGCUAGCCACGGGUAUAGUGUCAGGCAUCGCCAACCUCGUCCUUGUCGCCACGAGCUCUCCGGAAGUACUCAUCUUUGGUCCAUACUACGAUUGGCCGGGCAUAGUAUUCCUCUCAUCCUCACUCUUGUCCAACGCGUUCUCAACGGCGGUCAUUGGUUUCAAAGCUUGGUCUCACCGACGGCGACUGCGAGGACACCUGUUUAGCUCUCGACGGACAAUGGCCGAGAAAAUCCUCAUCCUCUUCGUGGAAUCAGGCGCCGUUUUUAUCUGUAUAUGGGCCGCUUACAUCGCUCUCGUGGUGAGGUUCAAUACCUUGGGAGGUGUCAUCAUUGGAAACCAGCUUGUGCCUCUCUACGCAUUCCAUAGCGCAUUAAUCCAGAUCAUUACCAUCUAUCCGACAAGCAUCAUACUUCUCGUCGUCUUGGAGAAGAGGCAGAUCAUGCGCGGCGGCAGUACAACCUCCAAGACUUCGUCUCCUCAAUUGGAUUACAAACUCCCCCCAAUCGUGACAAUCAACACUAUGGUCCACACCGAGCCUGAAGGUGUUAUCGUCAUCGGACACGAUGCGUUAACUGCUGGGUCUUCUCGAGAUGACUUUUCCGGUGGGCAUAAACCGAGUCAAGAGGAAUCCAAUGUAGAGAAGCGGAGUGAAGGAGACGGAACACCACGAUACGUCUAUUUCGACUAUGUCGUGCUUCAGGCAGAGAACGCCCUCUUCAAUCUGCCACGGCAAUUACUGGCAGGAGGAAGUGGAGUUUUCGUCGAUAUGUUUGCGCUUCCGCCCGGCGAAAACGGCCAGGAGGGAUGGGAUAACGGGCAUCCCAUUAAGCUCCCUGGCGUCACAGCUAAAGAUUUACGAGGGUUUCUGAGGACCUACAUCCCAUAUUUUCACAGCAAAGCGAUAGCAUGUCUCGCGGUGAUUGAGCAGACGCGUAAUCUGACCGUCGAAGAGGUGAUGCGAUUGGAGCCUUUAUUUGGGAUGAAGACGAUGGGCCUCCUCCUUGCGGUGAAAGAACGAAUGCUGGUUUCAAAUAUCGGUCGUGGAACGUCAAUGGAACCAGUGGAAAACGGGACGACGGCAUUUAACGAGGAAAACAUGGUGGUGGCUCAUAUACUCUUCGGAUGUAUCGGCCCAGGCGAGGAUACCUAUACGUUGCGCACCCAUGACCCUAAGUUUCAACCUUCGCCGAGAGCUGCUACCAUCUCCUAUCAUCCACCAAUUUCGUUUACACCCUCCCCAACGACUUCGCGUAUGUUUUCUGCCGCACCAGGGUCUUUCAGCGUGGGGCCGUUCACCUCUCUUCCUACAGCUCAAGAAACCGAGGGUGACCCUAAGGAGCGUUCCGGCACUGCUGGGUCGCAAGGCGAGACGAGCACUAUCGUUCGCGACGAGACCUUUUACUUCGAUUGCGUCGCGUUUCGAGUCGAGAACGUCCUCUUCAAGCUACCGCGUCAGGAGCUGGCCAAGAGUGGGGUGUUGGAAGACAUGUUCAAUCUUCCACAACUUGAUCCAAAUCACGCCGAGGGCAGAGAGGAUGAACAUCCUAUUCACCUUCCUGGAGUCACAGCCGCCGAAUUCCGUGGAUUUCUGAAGGCUGUCCACCUUUUCCACACUAGCAUUAGUGUGGCGUGCGAUGGGAACGAACGGUCACACUUACCUCUGCUUCCCGCGACUACCAGGACAUGUGAUGAUCCCAACGUCGUCGAUCGUGGCCACUGGACAUCUUGCCUGAAGGUGACCACACUGUGGCAGCUGAAUGACAUACGAAAAAGGGCCAUUGCCGAGCUUGACAAGUUGGAGUGGAAUCCUAUAGACAAGAUCGUAUUGGCGAAAAAUAAUAGGGUCUCCCGGUGGCUCAUAGAGGAAUACGAAAGGGUUAUUAGGGAGGACCUUUUAGACGUCGAGGCAGUGAAUGGGAGGUUAGGUCGAGAGAUCGGGAUUACGACGACUUGCUUGCUAUUUGCGGUCCAGAAACGGGGCUGGCAGCAGGCGAUGCAGGGAGCUUACUAUACGGAGGAAGCAAUAGUGCAGCAGAAGCAGCUUGACUUUCUAAAGUGCAUUCGCGAAGUAUUCGAAGAUGAACUUAGCCUGGACGAGUUUUAUGUUCCAUUGGAGAGACCUGUAGAUUACGAUGUAUGA